AUUUCCGCUAACUUGACGCCGGUCAGCGGUGGUGACAGAGGCUCCGUUUCCUCUGGAAACACCGGCCAGAUUCGGCAUUUCCCAGCCGGUUAACCGCCUAAAAUGACAGAUAAGAGGAUUUAACGGAGACUAGCGGAGCCCCGGGCAUUGAAAAAGUCGUCACGAUGCUCACGCGACCGCUGACACUGACUGACAGUGAGGACAGGGGGCGGGGCUUGGUAGCAGUGACUUCGCAUCCUCCUCUCCCAUUGGCUGCUGCUGCUGCUGAUGAUGAUGAGACGCAAACAGGAGUUUUCUCCCCUCCUGCACCUCCUUGGAGCUCCUCUUCUUCCUCCUCCUCAUCACCUUCCUCUCCUCCUCCUCCUCUGUGUGUCUCCUUUGCUCCCUCUGUAACUCCUUGUGCCUCUUUUUUCUCCUCUUCAUCUCCGUUCAUUCCUCCACCUGCACCUCCUCCUUGUGUCCCUCCUCCUCCACCUCUGUCCUCGACAUGUUUCUCGACUCCACCUCCUCUUGCCCUCCCGCCUCCUUCUUUCUUGUCCCUUCCAUCUGUCUGUACUCCACCUCCUCCAUCCCCACCUCCUUCACUUUGUCCUCCACCUCCUCCUUUAUGGUCUCCUACAGCUCCUUCUCCUCUUCCUCCUGCUCCCCCUCCUCCCUGUUGCACCUGCUCCUCCCUUCUGCCUCGCCUCCUCUCAGCUCACCGGUUGGAGGUGCGGCGCCUCCUACGCGGAGCUCUUGCCUCCAUCGGUCGCCGGCUGGACUCUUUGGAAAGGAGGAGCAGGAGGAAGACGAGGAAGAAGAGGAGCAGACAGAGAGGAGAAGAAGAGGAGGAGGCAGGAGCAGCCUGUUCUCCUGGUUUGACUGUCUUCCCCCUCAGCUCUGCCUCCUUGUGUAGCCCCACCCACCUCCCACCUGUUACCACCUCCUCUUCAUCAUCCUCAUCCUCAUCAUCAGACUGUGAGGACUCAGCCACACCUCCCCUCUCCAGUAUGAGCCAAUCAGCUCAGAAGAGCAGGAGGAGGAGCAGAGGAGAGGAGGAGGAGGUGGGAAGGGGGAGGAAGAGGAGGAGGAACAACAGAGGAAGAGGGAGGAGUUUUUCUCCAGAAAACAGAGAAGAAGACGAGAAAGAAGAGGAGGAUGCGGGGAGAUUUGUGGGACGGAUGGCGGUGUCCUUCAGAGGAGGAGCAGAGGAGGAGGAGCAGGAGGCGCCACUCACUCUGCACAACUUCAACCACAGAAAACACAGAAGAAGAGAGUGGCGAGGAACCAGCCAAUCAGAAAAGGCUGUGAACAUCGUCAGGCAGAAUGGCUACAGAGCACCGCUGCUACUCCACAGAAUCUCCAGCUCAUCUUCCCAGAAUGCCUUGCGCCCCAGGCAGUCAGCUCAGAUUGGUCAGACCUGCAGCCAAUCAGAAGCACCCAGUGUCUCCUCAGGCCAAUGGUGUUUCUCAGACUCAAACCCACCCCUCCGCCUCUCCUCCAAUCACAGUACUUUCCAUCUUUGGCUCUGUUCUUCCUCCUCCUCAUCAUCCUCCUUCAUUAGCCCCGCCUCCAUGCUGCGUCUGUCAACGGUUGCUGUAGAGACGGUAUCAGAGUCAGUGAGGGGUGGAGCCUGUUGGAGCCCUCUGCGGCCUCUGAGGGACUGGACAGCCCCGCCCAGUCUGAGCAGUGACCACUGCUACGUCCGAUUGCCGACCCCGAGUCCAACUUUUUCUGGUCGACGACAUCAGAAGCAGUGGGCCAAUCAUAGCUCCCCGAGCUUCCACCUUCCCCGUCGACGGCCUCUGCCCCUGCCUUCGUGUUCAGCUAAUGGACUGUCUGCUUCGCUUACCACUGGCCAAUCAGCAGCGGGCUCUGAGUUUCUCAAUAAGAACAGAGAGAGGGGGAAACGAGUCUCUCAAAUCCGAAUUCGCCGGGCGUCACCACGCGAGACGCCGCUCACACCGAUGGGACUGCCGAAGGUUAAAAGGUUAAAGAAGAAAGAAUUCAGUCUGGAGGAGAUUUACACCAACAAGAACUACAAGUCCCCCACCACCAACAGGAGUCUGGAGACAAUCUUUGAGGAGCCGCGGGAAAAGGACGGUGCCCUGCUCCUGAUUGGCCAGCAGAGAAGACGCAGGUUCCUCCUCUUUCCCGACUUCACCCAGCCUAGGAAGAGGAAGAGGCCGCAAGGACCGGGACUUCCUGUUGCCAUGGUACCCAGGAAAAGGGCAGCCGCUCGGCGUCACUGUCAUAGCGGUGGCCACGAUGACGAGUCGGACCUGGACGUGAUGCUGGUGGAGCGACUGAGUGCGCUCGAAGACUUUCUUAUACGGCAGGGCCUGGAUGUGUGAGCUGUGACAUCACUUCCUGUCAACUGACUAAAGGCCAAAUAAACAUAGCUGCUAGCAUGCCUGCUCCUGCUGCGUUACCAUGGCAACAACAUUACCAAGGUCUGGUUGUGUCUGGUGUAGCAGGCCUUUUCUUUUUGCAGUGUACUUGAUCAUUUUUGUUUGGUUGUUUUUUUUUUGGUUUUUUUUUACAGUGUAGGCUGUUUAAAAUGUGAAUUUUCAGAAACAUUAAAUAUUUUUAACAGUGUGGAUGUUCAGGUGAUCUGUCAGGAGGCCACACCCACAGCAGGGCACCGUUGGCGCAAUUUUUUUUUCUUUUCUUUGGUAACAUAUGAAAACACUUUUCUGUAGAACUCUGCAGUACUGUGAGUACAGCUGCAGUACUGCAGUACUGUGUGAGAACAGCUGCAGUACUGUAUGAGUACAGCUGCAGUACUGUGUGAGUACAGCUGCAGUACUGUGUGAGAACAGCUGCAGUGCUGUGUUGUGAGUACAGCUGCAGUACUGUGUGAGAACAGCUGCAGUGCUGUGUUGUGAGUACAGCUGCAGUACUGUGUGAGUACAGCUGCAGUACUGUAUGAGUACAGCUGCAGUGCUGUGUUGUGAGUACAGCUGCAGUACUGUAUGAGUACAGCUGCAGUGCUGUGUUGUGAGUACAGCUGCAGUACUGUGUGAGUACAGCUGCAGUACUGUAUGAGUACAGCUGCAGUGCUGUGUUGUGAGUACAGCUGCAGUACUGUAUGAGUACAGCUGCAGUACUGUAUGAGUACAGCUGCAGUACUGUGUGAGUACAGCUGCAGUACUGUGUGAGUACAGCUGCAGUACUGUGUGAGUAGCUGUGUACAGCAGUACUGUGUGAGUUCUGCAGAUAAGAUGUAUUUGGAGUUUAUAAAGUGUAAUAUAUAUAUUUCUGCUGAAAAGUGUCUAUUUUUUGAAUGAAUAAAGUUUGUUUCUGCUCUCUGA